AUGUUUUUAUCUACAAUUCUAUUUAUUGUAUUACCACUGCUGCUGUAUGCUAUUUACGAAUUAUUGGGCCGUAAAUUGACAAUUGGUGAAAUUGACAGGAAAGCGGUACUGAUCACUGGAUGUGGAAGCGGGUUUGGUCGAGAUUUGGUGAAACGAUGUCUUCAGAACGGAUUGACAGUAUUUGCUGGAUGUCAGUUUAAAAGUAAUAUAAAUGAACUGGAAGAACGCUACAGCUCAAUCAAUCAAGGUCGACUGUAUGCAUUUCAGAUGGAUGUAACUGAUGACGAGAGUGUUCGGAAAUCCCGAAAAAUCGUAGACACUGUCUUAAAAGAAAAGAAUCUUGUUCUUCACGCUUUGGUCAAUAAUGCUGGUAUUAAAGGCCACUUUUUUCCCGACGAUUUCUUGACUUCGGAUGAUUAUAAAGAAGUAUUAGAAGUGAAUACACUUGGCGCGGUACGAGUAACACAAACAUUUCGUGACCUUAUUAAGAAGUCCAGAGGUCGAAUAGUGAUAUGUAGCAGUGCCAUCACAUUGUUUCCGUUAGCGAACCAUGGUCCUUAUACAUGCUCAAAGUUUGCCAUUCAGGCAUACAGUAUGGUUAUUAGGCAUGAACUACAACCAUAUGGGGUGAAUGUGAUAGAGAUUAUGCCGGGUUGCUUUAAAACCGAGAUUUAUAAUAUCCAGAAAAUGAGGGAAUCAACUGAUACGGUGUGGUACCGAGCAUCUAAUGAAAUGCGUGAUGAGUAUGGACACGAUUAUAGCGACAAAG